GGUUAGAAAGGAAGUAGACCCAAGGGUCCCAUGAGAAAUGCACACAGUGCCGUUUUCAAAAGUGCUAUUUCAAAGCGUUCCUAGUUUUGGGAAAGAGGGAAACGAGCCUAAAAUAAAAUAAAUAAUAAAAAAAUGGCAAGAAAGAUGCAGAGUUCACUAACAAACACACACCCUCCCAAAUAAAGAAGACAGAAACAGAAACUUCAUAGGGUGUGUGAGUGUGAGUCUCUUUCUCUCUCUCUCUCUUUCUCUCCGUACGAAAAAAAACGGAGAGUAGCAUAGCGCUGCUAAAUCCGGCAAAUACGCACAUCGGCGCACACUUACGCCACCCCUACUCAAUGAUAGUCCUCUGUUUCACUCUGCUAAUGUGCGCUGCCCCUUCACACCACGCUAACCUCAACUCCCUUUUAUUAUAACACUGCUCUGUCUGUCAGAGUUUCUUUCUUUUUCUCUUCGAAGCUGUGACAACUAACAAACCAUUUUGCAAUGCGAGCUCUUCUACUAUUUCUAGUGCUGUGCGCACCUUUCUUAUCUUGCGCCGAUCGCAGCGCCGCAACCGUUGCUGAGAUCCAAGCCUUGACGUCCUUCAAGCUCAACCUUCACGAUCCUCUAGGAGCUCUCAACGGCUGGGAUCCCUCCUCGCCGGCGGCCCCGUGCGACUGGCGCGGCGUUGCCUGCACCAGCGGCCGAGUCACUGAGUUGCGCGUACCUCGCCUUCAACUCGGUGGCAGACUCACUGAACGAAUCUCCGAGUUGCGCAUGCUGCGCAAGUUAAGCCUCCGUUCGAACUCCUUUAACGGAACCAUUCCUUCGUCUCUCUCCAAAUGCACACUCCUGCACUCUGUCUUCUUGCAGGACAACUCUUUUUCCGGCGUCAUUCCGCCGGAGAUCGGGAACCUCACCGGUCUUCAGAUUUUCAACGUGGCGCAGAACCACCUCUCCGGAGAAGUCUCCGGCGAGCUCCCUCUUGGCCUCAAGUACUUCGACCUCUCAUCCAACGCCUUCUCCGGCGAGAUUCCAACUGCCAUUGCCAACCUCUCUCAGCUCCAGCUGAUCAACCUAUCGUACAACCAGUUCUCCGGCGAGCUUCCGGCGAGCUUCGGGCAGCUUCAGCAGCUGCAGUACCUCUGGCUCGAUCACAACCUCCUCAGGGGAACUCUACCUUCGGCGCUCGCGAACUGCUCUUCUCUCGUGCACCUCAGCGUUGAAGGAAACGCUCUCAGCGGCGUGAUUCCGUCGGCGAUUUCUGCCCUGCCGAAUCUUCAGGUGAUGUCUCUAUCACAGAACAAUCUCACUGGUUCCAUUCCAGCCUCCUUUUUCUGCAACGUUUCGGUCCACUCGCCUUCGCUUCGGAUAGUUCAACUUGGAUUCAACGGUUUCACGGAUUUCGUGGGGCCUGAGACGAAGAGCACGUGUUUCACUGUUCUUCGGGUUUUGGAUGUUCAGAACAAUCACAUACGAGGCAAAUUUCCCUUGUGGUUAACCAAUGUCACUACGCUAACGGUUCUUGAUGUUUCCAGCAAUGCACUUUCCGGCGAGGUUCCGCCGGAGAUAGGGAGCCUCACCAAACUGGAGCAGUUAAAGAUGGCCAACAAUUCGUUUUCCGACGCCAUUCCUGUGGAAAUCAAGAAAUGCUGGUCGCUGAGUGUGGUUGACUUUGAAGGUAACGAGCUUUCCGGCGAAGUUCCUUCGUUUUUCGGUGACAUGACAGAAUUGAAGGUGCUGUCCCUUGGGGGGAACCACUUCCAUGGCUCAGUUCCGGUGAGUUUUGGUAACCUUUCCUCUCUUGAAACGUUGAGUCUGAGAGGUAAUAGUUUGAAUGGAACCUUGCCUGAUACGAUAAUGGCGUUGAUCAAUUUGACCGUGCUUGACCUCAGUGGAAACAAGUUUAGUGGUGAAGUGUCUCCUACUAUUGGAAAUCUAAAUAGAUUGAUUGUUCUCAAUAUCAGUGGCAAUGACUUGUCUGGAAAAAUUCCUGCUAGUGUGGGGAAUCUUUUCAGGCUCACUACACUUGACUUGAGCAAACAGAAUCUUUCAGGUGAGUUGCCGUUUGAGCUCUCAGGUCUGCCAAAUCUACAAGUCAUUGCUCUGCAGGAGAACAAGUUAUCUGGUGAUGUACCGGAAGGGUUUAGCAGUUUGAUGAGUUUGCAGUAUUUGAAUCUCAGCUCUAAUGGAUUUUCUGGCCAUAUACCUGAAAACUAUGGCUUUCUUCGUUCGCUGACCGUGCUUUCAUUGGCUCAUAAUCACAUUUCGGGGGUGAUUCCUCCGGAAAUUGGAAACUGUUCUGAUGUUGAAGUUCUUGAAUUUUUAAACAUAACUAAUGAUCUAAAAAAAGAUUUGGGCAGGAACAAUUUAUCUGGGGAUGUGCCUGGGGAUAUUUCCAAAUGCUCCUCGUUGAAUUCUUUGUUAGUGGAUCACAACCAUCUUUCAGGGAACAUACCAGAGGCAUUGACAGAUCUGUCAAACCUAACAAUGCUGGAUCUCUCUGCUAAUAACUUCAGUGGGGAAAUUCCUAGUAAUCUUUCUAUGAUCCCUGGCUUGGUCUACUUCAACGUUUCUGGGAACAACCUUGACGGUGAGAUACCUCCAGCAUUGGGCUCUAGAUUCAACAAUGCCUCUUCAUUUGCAGGUAAUGAGAAAUUAUGUGGGAAGCCGUUGGAUAGAAAGUGCGAGGAGAUGACCAAAAAGGAUAAAAAGAGGUUGAUUGUCUUGAUUAUCAUCAUUGCAUCUGGAGCUUUAUUACUUGCAUUGUGUUGCUGCUUUUACAUUUUCAGCCUACUCCGAUGGCGAAAGAGGCUCAAAGAAGGGGUUUCGGGGGAGAAGAAAAAGAGCCCGGCAAGGGCCAGUUCUGGGGCAAGUGGAGGCCGAGGCAGCACUGAUAACGGUGGACCAAAGCUGGUUAUGUUCAACACCAAAAUCACACUGGCCGAAACAAUAGAGGCAACGAGACAAUUCGACGAGGAGAAUGUGCUGAGCAGAACAAGGUUUGGACUAGUAUUCAAGGCAUGCUACAACGAUGGCAUGGUCCUAUCCGUCCGCAGGCUCCCAGAUGGGGCAUUGGACGAGAACAUGUUCAGAAAAGAAGCUGAAUCAUUAGGCAAAGUCAGGCACCGAAACCUAACAGUUCUAAGAGGCUACUACGCUGGUCCACCAGACAUGAGACUCUUAGUCUACGACUACAUGCCGAAUGGAAACCUCGCAACACUCCUCCAAGAAGCUUCACAUCAAGAUGGCCAUGUUCUGAAUUGGCCAAUGCGACACCUCAUUGCACUGGGAAUUGCUCGGGGAUUAGCGUUCCUGCACCAGUCCUCAAUGGUCCAUGCGGACGUGAAACCACAGAAUGUCCUGUUCGACGCAGAUUUCGAAGCCCAUUUAUCUGAUUUUGGGUUAGAGAGGCUAACAAUAGCAAUCCCAAGCGAAGCCUCAACUUCAGGCUCAGUUGGCACUUUGGGUUAUGUAUCUCCAGAAGCAAUCUUAACCGGGGAAGCCACCAAGGAGUCUGAUGUAUACAGCUUUGGCAUCGUGUUGCUGGAGCUUCUAACAGGAAAGCGCCCCGUGAUGUUCACCCAAGACGAAGACAUAGUCAAGUGGGUGAAGAAGCAACUACAGAGGGGUCAAAUUACUGAGCUACUAGAGCCAGGGUUGCUUGAAUUGGACCCAGAAUCAUCAGAGUGGGAAGAGUUCUUGUUGGGUGUCAAAGUAGGCUUGCUUUGUACGGCACCUGAUCCUCUUGACCGACCAACCAUGUCCGACAUCGUUUUCAUGCUCGAAGGCUGCCGUGUCGGCCCUGAUAUCCCCUCCUCCGCCGAUCCCACCUCUCAAACUUCUCCAGCAUAACAUAAACCCAUCACUGCAAAGUUUGAUUGACAUUAUUUUGUUCAAAGUUCAAUCCUCCUUUUUCUUUUUUGGUUAAUUUGAUUUCAUAAAUGUAACAGUUUGUAGUUCUUAAUUGUUUUUUCUUUGUUGGAAAAAAAAAAGAGAAAAAGAAAAGAAAGAAUGGAGCCAGUUUUUUCA